AGGAGCCGCCCUGCCGGGAAGGAGCCCGAAGAGGAGUCAGCGGCACAAAAUGGCGGCGGCGGCGGCUGCGACGGCCGUGGCCGGAGCCCCGGGGCCAGCGGCCCCCGCAGCAGCCGCCGGGACCCCAGGCUCGGGGAACACGGCUCCGGGGUCGCAAGGGGUGCUGAUUGGGGACCGGCUGUACUCUGGGGUGCUCAUAACCUUGGAGAACUGCCUCCUGCCCGACGACAAGCUCCGCUUCACGCCGUCCAUGUCAAGCGGUCUCGACCCCGACACGGAGACCGACCUCCGCGUGGUGGGAUGUGAGCUCAUCCAGGCAGCCGGCAUCCUGCUCCGUCUGCCGCAGGUGGCUAUGGCUACCGGGCAGGUGUUGUUCCAGCGGUUCUUUUACACCAAGUCCUUUGUGAAGCAUUCCAUGGAGCACGUGUCGAUGGCCUGCGUUCACCUGGCCUCCAAGAUAGAAGAGGCUCCGAGGCGGAUCCGGGACGUCAUGAACGUGUUUCACCGCCUGCGGCAGCUGAGAGAGAAGAAGAAGCCUGCGCCCCUGGUGCUGGAUCAAGAUUACGUGAACUUGAAGAACCAGAUCAUAAAGGCGGAAAGACGGGUCCUCAAGGAGCUGGGCUUCUGCGUCCACGUGAAGCACCCUCACAAGAUAAUCGUUAUGUACCUGCAGGUGUUGGAGUGUGAGCGCAACCAACACCUGGUCCAGACCUCAUGGAACUACAUGAACGACAGCCUCCGCACAGACGUGUUCGUGAGGUUCCAGCCCGAGAGCAUCGCCUGCGCCUGCAUCUACCUUGCCGCCCGCACGCUGGAGAUUCCUCUGCCCAACCGUCCCCACUGGUUUCUUCUGUUCGGGACGAGCGAGGACCAGAUUCAGGAGAUCUGCCUGAAGAUCCUGCAGCUGUACACUCGGAAGAAGGUUGAUCUGACGUACCUGGAAAGUGAAGUGGAAAAGAGAAAGCAUGCCAUCGAAGAGGCCAAGGCGCAAGCCAGGGGCCUGCUGCCGGGCGGCACCCAGGCCCUGGACGGCACCUCGGGGUUCUCGCCUGCCCCCAAGCCUGCGGAGUCUCCCAAAGAAGGUAAAGGGAACAAGGCUUCCCCACUCUCUGCGAAGAGCGCCAAGAGGAAAACGGAGGGUGUGAAGAAAGCCAAGGCCGACAGCCCAGUGAAUGGCUUGCCGAAGGCGCGAGGCAGCGGGAGUCGGAGCGGGAGCCGUGAGCAGAGCUACUCGAGGUCCCCGUCCAGAUCCGCGUCUCCUAAGAGGAGGAAAAGCGACAGUGGCUCAACAUCUGGAGGGUCCAAGUCCCAGAGCCGGUCGCGCAGCCGGAGUGACUCGCCGCCCCGACAGGCACACCGCGGCGCUCCCUACCAGGGCUCCAAGGUGAGGAGCUACCGCAAGUCCAAGGACUGCAAGUACCCCCCGCCGAAGCCGCACGAGUCUCGGAGUCGGAGCUCCUCCCGCUCGCGGAGCCGCUCCCGGGAACGGGCGGACAGUUCCGGGAAGUACAAGAAGAAGAGUCAUUACUACAGAGACCAGCGCCGGGAGCGCUCACGGUCCUACGAGCGAGCGGGUCGUCGCUACGAGCGGGACCCCCCGGGCCACAGCCGGCGUCGGAGGUGAGGCGCGGGGGCCUGGCGGGCUGCCCUUCCACGUGGGCGUGACUGGCCUGUGGCGUGACUUUUUGUAAAUGGUUGUCGACCUCGGACCUUGUGAUGAAUUUGGAGAUGGAAUCAAGAGGUUGGCGCGGUGCCCUUCCGGUCGGCCCGGGCGCGGUGCCCGCCGGUGCCCGCCUCGGCGGCCCUGCAGCAGCAGCCUGCGGGGGGUUAUGCACAUCCCAGCGGUGUGGAUCGGUGCUAACGACGGGCUUUCUUCACUCCCAUACUGAUUCUCAAUCACGUUAAACCGAGAAGAUGAGUUUUAGAACCUUUGCCUAUAUUAGGUUGUACUUAUGUACAUAUUUUGCAGUUUCACAAUGAUAAAAUGGCCUUAAUAGCCCCUUAUUCUCUAUCCACGUUGUAAAUAAACGUGUUUAAUACAAGUUACAGCUAUAUAUGAAAACUCAGAACUUGGAUUCUGUCAGCUUAAAACUUGUGUAGAGAAUUCUGAUUUUUAAAAUGUGACGGUCUUUAGAUCUGU